GAGGGCGGGUGGGACUGGAGGCUGAGACUGGCAGGCACUUCCUGCGCCCACGUGGGGGCUCGGGGUGCCUGGUUUCGCCCGGCUCGGACUCCGGCAGGGGUGCGGGCGGAGGAGCGUGGGUUCUGUCCCGGCAGGGUACCAGAUGUGUCUCCCUGGAGCAGCGUCCCUCCUGUUGCUGCAGCUGGGUUUCGGGGCUCCAGUGAGCGUUAAACAGACGUUGGAGGAAUACCUUCCUUUCCCUCUCUUCCCCUCCCGCCUGCUGUUUCGUGGGCACUUUACUGGCACCCUGCAGCAUGGAUGCUGACCCUUGAGCCGGUGGUGAACCAGUGCAGUCCAGCAUCGCUUGGUGUUAGGAGGGCUUAUAGGCUGCUUAGAAUUUGGGCAACACAGUCCGUGGAUAAUCCUGGUUCCCAGUAGCGACUUUUUCUCUGCGUCCCUGUCUGAGGCACUGCCGCGCUGCCCGGUUUAAGCCAAGGGCUAGAGCCUGAAACCCACGUGCUGGGAAAGUCACAUCUCCCUUCCACCCAGAUGCUCAAGAAGGCGCAGCGAUACGUACUCAGAUCUUCUGUUGCCCUCCUCCGUCGUGCUGUUUAGUUUCCCUUGAAAGGACCCCACCCCUUGCUGGAAGUUUCAGGGGCUCCCCCUGUCCUAGAACAGCUGGAGCCUGCUGACCCAGCAUGAGUGAAGUUCCCUGCAAAAAACGUGAUGACUAUUUGGAAUGGCCUGAGUAUUUCAUGGCAGUGGCCUUCUUAUCAGCACAGAGAAGCAAAGAUCCAAAUUCACAGGUCGGAGCCUGCAUCGUGAAUGCAGAAAACAAGAUUGUCGGCAUCGGGUAUAACGGAAUGCCGAACGGGUGCAGUGAUGACCUGUUGCCUUGGAGGAGGACGGCGGAGAGCAAGCUGGAUACCAAAUACCCUUACGUGUGCCAUGCCGAGCUGAACGCCAUCAUGAACAAAAACUCAGCCGACGUGAAAGGCUGCACCAUGUAUGUCGCCUUGUUCCCGUGUAAUGAAUGCGCGAAGCUCAUCAUCCAGGCAGGGAUAAAAGAAGUUAUUUUCAUAUCUGAUAAAUACCACGAUAGUGAUGAGAUGACGGCAGCGAGGCGCCUGUUUGAUAUGGCCGGGGUGGCCUUCAGGAAAUUCACACCAAAGUGCAGCAAGAUUGUCAUUGACUUUGAUUCAAUUAACAGCAAACCGAGCCAGAAGCUUCAUUGAGUCGCAUCUCAUUAAAUCUCCAAAAGAUUGGGAUUAUCCUCUUCUGAGAAGCUGCUAAUGCCUUUCGUCUUGAAGUUACACCACGUAACUUUAACAGCCAGGACAGCAAAAGUAGACAUCUGAAGACUAAAGCCUCAAAUCUUCCCGACUGUCUCUCUUGUCACACGGAAUCUGCAUCUGUUUAAACUAUUGAUUUAGGGUUUUAAAAUCGAGGAGCCUGUAGAUGGCCUGUCACGCAGGGCUGGCGUGGGGGGCCCCCCUCUUUGUCUGCUGGUUUGCGGGGAUGCUGGUGGCUUCCGACAGCCGCUCCUCGCUGCCACAGGUGCUGGAAGGCCAAAUAACUAAUGGUUGUUGUGUGUCUGGCAGGACGAACAGACACACUGACUCAAACAUCUGGCCCUAAUGAAGCAUAACGUGUAGCGCCCUUGGGGAAAGAGAAAAAUAGGGCCCCCGUGACAGGAGCUAGUGCAGAUGUACUGGCUUUAGGGCGUCGAGGGAGACGGCCACCCACCCACCCAAAAACCCUAGACAGGAUGGCACAGCUGUCCUGAGGAAUCACGAGCACAGCUGAGCCCGGGGCACCUCUGCUGUCCUACUGCCCACGGGUUUGGGGCAUUCUGUCUCCGGGGUGGGGACCCCUGCAGGUUCGUGUCCCACGCAGAGCUCUUACGUUACUCUCUCUGAAGAACGAGUUGUUCCCGGAGGAGACAGCCUAUCCCCUCGUCACCCCCAAGAGCACGGCUGCUAGGGCGGCAGGGUCGUGUGGGUGGAGGUGGCCCGCGCACCUGCAUCCUCUGCCACGUGGAAGAGUCACUGCUCCUCCGCGCGCCAACACGUUCAUGUCCAAGGCUGCGCUACGACCGGGGGUCCACUGAUUCCUACCCUGUAAGUGAAAUGUGAGGGAAUUCAGCUGCCUCGGGCUGGUUUAUUCCAGAUCUAUUGGUAACGGGAGUUCCCCUUCCCAAUUGCUGCGGCUCAGGGAUGUGGCUGGGUGUGUCUCGUCUUUAAUCUCCUUUAAUUUUUAUUAAACAUGGUCAGUAGCUUUGUUGAGAAAAUGGGUUCUUUAUCCUAAAGAUUAUUACCGUUCUCAAGUGCUCUUAUGUUUUCAUGGGUUUUUAUUUUGUCUCUGAGGUUUUGUACUCCGUAUUCUAGGGCGUUUUGUAAUUUGGCUCCUCACCAAUAUUAUUAAAAUCUUAUUAAAAUCUACCACACGAA